GGAAAAUCUUCUCGAUUCUCGAUGACCACGCCCCUUUAUCUCGAUUUUGACUGAAGUUUCAAUGAUAAAACACCUUGCAAUAUCACAGGAGGCGACAUGUUGAUUUUUUUCUAUAGGUUCUGUGAAGCCGAUACGGAUCGCUGUCAUUGCUACAAAAUGUCUUUGUAGUUAUCAGGGUGUAGGUCAUAUAAUUGUAGUAAUAUUAACUAAUCCGUGCUAAUUUUCAUAUGUUAAACGUAUCGUAAAGAGAAAGAAGAGGAUCCACUCCGCCCGAAUCAGGGGUUGAGAUGCAACUAGUGUCAGUGAGCUCGAGGUAAUAGCAGUGCGUGUUGUGGUCGUGGUGACGUGAUGAUGCGGUCGCAGUGAGGGGGCAGAGCGACACCACGGCUUCGUCAGUGGCGGGCGGCGCGCGGGGAGCAGAGUCUCCUUCGCAGCCCAACCAAGACACGGUGGACAACGCCACACCCACCUGCUGCAGAACUGAUCAGGAACACGAUCAGACUUCAAGGAAACAGGGGUGGGCGGCGUGGUCGGCAAUGGGAUGCUUCGGCUCGCCAGGCGGCAAGAGCAGCGAAGACGAUGCGAAGAAACAGAAGCGUCGCAGCGAUGCCAUCACCAAGCAGCUGCAGAAGGAUAAGCAGCUAUAUCGCGCGACGCACCGGCUCCUCCUGCUGGGCGCGGGUGAGUCCGGCAAGUCGACCAUCGUGAAACAAAUGCGCAUCCUACACGUAAACGGAUUCUCCGACAAGGAGCGCCGGGAGAAGAUCGAGGACAUCAAGAAGAAUAUUCGAGAUGCCAUACUUACAAUCACGGGCGCUAUGAGCACCCUCACGCCCCCUAUACCGCUUGAAAAGCCCGAGAAUAAGGCGCGCGUCGAUUAUAUACAGGACGUAGCGUCGCAGCCGGACUUUGACUACCCGAUGGAGUUCUACGAGCACACGGAGGCGCUGUGGCAGGACGCCGGCGUACAGCGCACCUACGAGCGGAGCAACGAGUACCAGCUCAUCGACUGCGCCAAGUAUUUCCUGGACCAGGUGCAUAUAAUAAAGCAGCCGAACUACACUCCGACGGAGCAGGACAUCCUGCGCUGCCGAGUGCUUACCUCCGGCAUCUUCGAGACGCAGUUUGUCGUUGACAAAGUCAAUUUCCACAUGUUUGAUGUGGGUGGUCAACGAGACGAGCGUCGCAAAUGGAUCCAAUGCUUCAAUGACGUGACGGCCAUCAUAUUCGUGACGGCCUGCUCGUCAUACAACAUGGUACUGCGCGAGGACCCCACGCAGAAUCGACUACGGGAGUCACUCGACCUAUUCAAGAGCAUAUGGAAUAAUAGAUGGCUGCGCACGAUCUCGGUGAUCCUGUUCCUGAACAAGCAGGACCUGUUGGCGGAGAAGGUGCUGGCGGGCAAGUCGCGGCUCGAGGAGUACUUCGCGGACUUCGCGCGCUACGCCACGCCGCCCGACGCCGUGCCCGACCCCAGGGACCAUCCCGACGUCGCGCGCGCCAAGUACUUCAUCCGGGACGAGUUCCUUCGUAUAAGCACGGCGAGCGGCGACGGCAAGCACUACUGCUACCCCCACUUCACGUGCGCCGUGGACACGGAGAACAUCAAGCGCGUCUUCAACGACUGCCGCGACAUCAUACAGCGGAUGCAUCUGCGCCAGUACGAACUGCUCUAACCUGCACACGCUAAAACGCUUGUGCGGUUACUCGGUAGGCCCGCAACUCCAAUGUCCCGAUCAGCAUUACUUACACCGUAUGGCCGUGAGUCCCCUCGUUAUUUACCGUCGAUAACGACAACGAUUCGUAACGAUACAAGCGCCGCCCUAUCGCCAAACGUAUUUAUUCCUGAGAACGUAAUGUGAUCUUUUUUCUACAAACAUUUUUCUCUUAUUAUCUCAAAAACCUCCAAUCUCGAAUAUUUUCGUAUGCGAUACGAAUAUUUUUUACUAUUCUACGAAAUCUAAGACUUCUAGGCGAUUCUUUAGGCGAUUUUUUAUCGAUUACGAAGCGGUUGUCUUUAUGCCGCGGCUAGCGAUGUUCCCAUGGUGUUUCCGAACGUCAAAGUUCCCAAAACGCUGGCAACUUUAGUCGAUUUUAUGUGAGAAUUUACUAAAUAUGUUUUUGAAACAUUCAGUGUUAAUUUUGUUGUUUUGGUUUUUAUAGUGUCACUGUGUUUCUUCGUGCUGACAAGCCAUAUGCAAUGAACUAGCAAAUUCUAUUCUAAAAAAACACUUUAGUGUUACUAAGUCCAAUAAGUACUUUAGAAACAUAGUGACUCUAUGAAACCAUAAACUUUUAGUAAGUUGUCACCUUAGUCGAUUUUGUGAACGCACAUCACUAUGUGCCUUGUUCGCGUAGUGUUGUGACGUUGUCGGGUCUAUUGGGUUGUGACGUGAUUCGACUAAAUUCGAAAGCUCGAUUAUGUAGCGUGGAAUUUUCGAUAAUUCGCCAGUUACGUUUAUAUUGUAUCGACAUAUUUAGUCGAUUGGUCUAUUUUACCGAUAUAUUUAUAUCAGUUGACACAAACAAAUGGUACUUAUAAGUUGUUCUUAAUUCUUAUUAUAAUUAUUUGCUUCAAGAUUCUAUUAUACAUUGAUAGUUGUUGAUUUUAAUUAAAUCUUUAUUGUUUAAUUAUUAACUUAUAUACCUACAAUUAUAAAUCAUGCGAUAUUCACAUUUAGUGCUGGGUUACGUCAGAAUGUAGUCGAUGGCAUUUUAUUAAAUGUCUUUAUCGACUAAAAUCGUUUGGGAACGAGAAUCGACUAAUGAGAUCGCGGUCGCCAAAAACUACUAGUGAUGUAGUUCGAGUAUAUGUUUAGUCGAUUGUAUGAGUAUGAGUCUAGAAUCUAGAUUGAGGUCUAAAUUAGACUGGAUUGUGGAAAGGUGUGAGCGACCCGGAUAGGAAGCGGUGACGAGACGACGACGGUAAAAUACAACCACAGAACUUACACACCCUUUAAAAAAGAUUGAAAAAAAAAA